GGCCUAAAAGUGUAUCAAGAGCCGAUGACUCUUCCAGAUACGGGCACCACAAAACGUCCAUAUCGCCCCCUGAACAGACGGUCACUCUUUCUGUCUUUGCUUUCCUCGUCUUCCAUUCCCACUCGAACCAUACCCUCCGCCAUUGCUCACCUUCUGAGCCCCCAAUCCAUUGGUAACGCCCUGUCGAGAUCUGUGUCCUGCCCACGCUUCCCCUGAAUCAUAUACAAACAAAGGGCGCAUUUAUAAGUCGUCUCUGCACCAUGUGUGGCAUCUUCGCCUGUCACUGUCACCCCGACGUGCAAAAGUUCAAGCCGACCGCGCUUCGGCUCGCAAAAGCUAUCCGGCAUCGGGGCCCCGAUUGGAGCGGAAGUGUUACGUCGAACAAGACGAUUCUAUGCCAUGAGCGCCUCAGCAUCGUCGGUGUUGAGAGCGGGGCCCAGCCGCUCACCAACGCCGAUGACAGCAUCAUCCUCGCCGUCAACGGCGAGAUCUACAACCACCGUCUUCUCCGCAAAAACCUGAAGACUCCCUACCACUUCAAGACAACCUCCGACUGUGAAGUGAUCAUCCCUCUGUACAUGGAACACGGCAUCGAUGCGCCCAAGUUCCUCGACGGCAUGUUCUCGUUUGUGCUGUACGACAAGAAGCUCGACCGCACUAUCGCUGCACGCGAUCCUAUCGGAAUCACGACCUUCUACCAGGGCUGGUCGUCCAAGGAACCCGGGGCGACGUACUUCGGCUCGGAGCUGAAGUGCCUGCAUCCGGUUUGCGACAAGAUCGAAUCCUUCCCGCCCGGCCACAUCUUCGACAGCCAGACCAACGAGAGGACACGCUACUUCCAGCCGUCGUGGUGGGAUGACGCCAAGGUCCCCACCGCACCUCUGGACCUGAAAAUGCUCCGCGAGUCGCUUGAGCGGUCCGUCAGGAAACGGCUCAUGGCCGAAGUCCCAUACGGUGUGCUCCUCUCUGGCGGCCUCGAUUCCAGCUUGGUCGCGUCGAUCGCCCAGCGUGAGAUGUUGCGCCAGAAACAACUGGCUGUUGAGCUCAACGGGGGUGCCGAGCCCCCUGUUGAGGAGGACCAGGACAAGGGAGAGGGCCUCGUGGGCAUUGACGACGAGAACAAGCUGAGCACGGUGACGUACCUGCCGCAGCUCAACUCCUUCUCUAUUGGACUCCCAGGUUCGCCCGACAACGUUGCCGCCCUCGAGGUUGCCAAGUUUCUGGGCACCAAGCACCACGUCAUGACCUUUACCAUCGAGGAUGGCCUCAACGCCCUUUCGGACGUCAUCUACCACCUCGAGUCAUACGAUGUAACUACCAUCCGGGCGUCGACCCCAAUGUACCUCCUCUCGCGCAAGAUCAAGGCCAUGGGCAUCAAGAUGGUGCUGAGUGGCGAGGGAAGCGACGAGAUCUUUGGCGGUUAUCUCUACUUCCACAACGCGCCCAACAGGGAUGAGUUCCACGCAGAGACGGUUCGCCGUGUGAAGAACCUGCACUAUGCCGAUUGCCUGCGUGCCAACAAGUCGACGUCGGCCUGGGGUCUGGAGGCCCGUGUUCCCUUCCUGGACAAGCAGUUCCUCGAGGUGGCCAUGGACAUUGACCCCCAGGAGAAGAUGAUCACCAAGGAGAAGUUGGAGAAGUACAUCCUCCGCAAGGCGUUCGACACGUCGGACGACCCCAGCGCGCAGCCGUACCUGCCAGACAAGAUCCUCUGGAGGCAGAAGGAGCAGUUCUCGGACGGCGUCGGAUACGGAUGGAUCGAUGCGCUCAAGGACAACGCCGAACUCCAAGUCACCGACGAGAUGAUGAAGAACCCCAAGCCGGAGUGGGGCGACGACAUCCCAGACACCAAGGAGGCUUACUGGUACCGGUGCAUGUUUGACGAGCACUUCCCGCCGUCCUGUGCUUCAACCGUGAUGCGAUGGACGCCGACCUGGUCCAAGCAGACGGACCCUAGUGGCAGAGCCAUCGCGGUCCAUGCCGACAAGUAUGACCAUGUUACGGAGUAAGGAGUCGGCGACGUCGUAUGUGUUUGGCAUGGCUUCUAUAUCUGGAGUACCUUAUUGGGUGGUAUGGCUGCAAAUGGAUGGCCAGGAUAGAAUAAAAGAGAAAUUUGGAUACCUCUCGAUAAGUCCAAGUAUAUCUAACGUUGCCUUUGACUGAGAAGGUGAGUAGAUUACGGGGUGUGUUGCUGCAUGAGAGAUUGAAGGACCGCGGUGUUGUUACGCC